CUUAAAGUUGAAAACAUUGAGCUGACAAACUCUUGUACUGGAUAAAUAAAUUUGUUUACAUUGAAUCUUUUUCUAAAAUUAACAAUAAAGUGUAUUAAUUAUUUUGUUUUGUGAAAAAAAUAUGAACUCUUUUAAAGAUUUAACAUCAGAUUCAUUGGAGUCUCUUAAUGAUGGAGAUUUAAGAAAAGCUUGUCAAGUGGUUUUACAGAGAGACAUUGGUCCCAUCACUGAUUCCACUCGUGAAUUGUACAGAUUAGCAGUUAAAAGAGCGUUAAUUGGUCAUCCUAUUGCAUUCGAAUCCAUUACUGAAAAUAAUCCUGAGGUAUCUUUUGAUGAUGAGCAAGAAGGAGCCAAAGCAAAGGAAUCAGUAUUUUAUAUGAUUGAAGCUCAAACUAUUAUUCCUCAAAAUCAAUUGGUGUCAAAUCCAUCCACUGGAACUGCUGGUGAUGGUCCUUUUUAUGUAAUGAUGACUCCAAGCCAAGAGAUUGUUACACAUACAAGUUUAAGGAAAAGAUCUUCAAGUGCAAGUGAGGGAAGUCGCAAUCCUCGUGAUGAGAAACGACGUGCUACUCAUAAUGAGGUAGAGAGAAGACGUCGAGACAAAAUAAACAAUUGGAUAACCAAAUUAGCAGAUAUAGUGCCUGAUUGUGCCCAAGAUCGAACCAAACAGGGACAAAUUCGCUGCUCUUUACAGUCUAAAGGAGGCAUACUAGCCAAAGCCUGCGAAUAUAUCAAUCAAUUGGUUAAAGAAAACGCUAAAUUAAAAGAGAUAAUCAAAGAAAAUGAAAGGACAAUAGCGAGUUUGUAUGGAAAUAUGGAUCCAGCUAAAAGUUAAUAUUCUCUAUAACAAAAUCGAAAGCUCUUUAUGAACUGUUAAUGUUAUCAUUGACUUUUUUCUCGAUAAAAUCGACAAUUAUAGCAAACAUAAAUUAAAGUCAAUUUAUGUCCGAUAAGGAUUAUCGUAAUGCCCAUCAUCGUAAUUAUCACAAUCAUCAGAUCAUCGAAAGCAUCAUUAUAUCAACACCAUUAUGAUUUCUGAACUUCGCCAGUGUGACCCAGAUUUGUUCUUUAAUCGUUUUAUUUACAACUUGGAUACUUCGAGUGGUCAAUUUAUCAUGAAAAAGCAAAAAAAAACAACAACCAUGGACAUUCAGUACAAACAAAAGAGACAGAAAACAAAAACAAAUUGAAUGGAGAAAGUGGAAAAUUAGGAAAUUCAUUUAAACAAUCAUUCAAUUAACAUUUAAUCAAUGACAAGUUAUUAGAAAAUCGCUAUCCAGUUGAUAGAAAGAAAAUAUCUAGAAAACAAACUUCGAGAGUAAAUAUUAUUGAUAACAUCGAGUUAAGAGAGUUUGAAAUAACCAGAAUAUCCUUAAAAUUUCAAUAGUCGUCACUUAAUCAACAGAAAAGUCCAAUUACACAAUCAACAUUAAUCAAUCAAAUUUCUCCAGUUGUACUUUAGGAUUAACACAACUGUAGAGAUACCGAUCAAUUUAAUUCAAUCUUAAUUAGCUGUAGUAGCUCAAGUAAAUGGUUGAUAAUUGAUUCAACUAAUCAAAACUUUUUGUCAAUGAUUUACUAGAUAAAAUCAUAGCUCUCUCUCUCUCUCUCUCUCUCUGCCUUAUACUAAUUUUAUAAUCUACAAAUCACUCUCUCAACUUUAAAGUGUAAAAAUUUAGCAAAUGAGUUGAUUUGUUUUGCAUAAUUUUUGUUAACUAUUUUUGAAAUUUUAAUUGAUUGUUUUGGUGUUUUGAUCAAUUUUUAUAAUUAAUAUAAAAUUCGAUUGGGAGAAUGUAAGAUAACAAUGAUAAAUACACCAAAUUGUAUAAUUAAGGAAUAAGAUUUUUGAUUUAUUCUCAUUAAUCUUUCUCCUUCUCCUUCACCAAUUCAAACUAAAUUAACUCCAAAUUCGCCUUAAUUACUGUAAAAGGUUUUUCAUCAAUUGUUUGUGUAAAUUCAUUCAACUGUACAUCUUAUACAAACACUUUUGUUCCAAAUAAUCAAUUGAUUACACAGCCAAAGGCUCUAAGUUUGCAACUACCUGUUAAAUCAUUGACGCAGUUAAAUUUCAAUCAAUGAGAGACACAAAGUGACCCAUGUAAUCCUUAUAAUCAAUGCCCUCUCAUUUAAACGAUAUAAUCUCUUGAAAUGGUCAUCUGAUUAUCAUUAACUGGGCGAGUGAUUUAAAUUGUGUUCACAAAUUCAAAGUCUUCAACUGUGUACCAAUCUAAUUAAACUGUAUUGCAAUGUAAAAAAAACUAUACAAUUCAACAAAGAAAACACAAUA